CACUCCCAGUGGAAUUGGGCGUGGUUUAUGACCCAGCGGGAAGCAUCGAGUUUUUCAUUCACGCCAGAUUGCUGCAGUCGGGAGAGUACGUGGAAAAUGCGAGAGUCGAGAAAUGGCUUCACUCAGGUUCCAUUUUGAGGUGUGCGACUGAAGUAGAUCUGUGGACACAGUCGGCUUGCAGUGAAGUGCUCAUCUUUUCCCCUCAUUUGCUGUUGGAAUGCACAAGUGUGGUCUAGGAUAGACUGAGGUAAUCAAGACCGCGACUGCCCAUGGCCUCUGAAAAUUCUGGUGGCAUACAGUAUGCUCUCACUGCCCUGGGAAUUGGAAUGCUUGCACUCGGGAUCCUGAUGAUGGUCUGGAGUAUUGUGCCAGGGUUUGGUAAGGAACAUGAAAUGCAAGGUGGGAACAAUAGCUCGUCAAAUGCUGAACAAUCCAAGCACAAGGUGUCCCAGGUGUCCUACAUACUGUGCGCUGGCGGGGUGUUCCUGCUCCUGAUCUCAAUCUGUCUGAGUGUUCGGGAUAAGAAGAGGAGGAGGCCACAGGAGGAAGUGACGAACGUGCAGUCGGAAUCGUCCAUAUUACCAGAACGAGUGGCAGAUAACAACAGAUUGGCUGUGCCCAGCUACGAUGAAGUGAUGCAAAGAGAUGGCGUCCUCCCACCAGAAGGCCCUGAAGUCAACCAAGGAGAGCAGAAUAUGGUCUCGCUUCCUUCUUACGAGUCGCUGGUCGAGGUUGGCCUGCCGUCGUCUUCGAAUCAGGACUCGAACCCGGGAGGCAGUGUGGAGCCACCGAGGGAUGAGAGGCCCACAUCUCACUUAGGGCACAGGUUCAGCUCGAAAAAGAUCCGCCGGAUCCUUUCAGACACAUCCCACCUCAAGAGGUUUAGACUCAACCUGAGCAAUACGAACAAUCCACCGGUUAACCUGGAGCCUCUGACCCCACCCCCACAGUACGAGGAAGGAAUGGAGAAGAGUUUUGAGAAUGCAAAGCCAUCUUGAUCUGGCACACAAUGUCAAGCCUGUUGAUGGACUAACUAAAUAUCUCAACAUUUCCUAAGAAUCUGGUCGAUCUCAUCUGUCUGCAUGUUUUACAAAUAUAAUGCAUGGGUGUCCUAGUUUGUAGAUUCCUUGAUGCUUACCGUCUCUCCAAGUUAAUCUGCACUUUUUUUUUUACAUGUGAUUUGUACAUUCAGCUGAGAACUAAGUAUAAAGAAUUAAUGAAAGAGCUGGAUGACUUGGCCUACAUCUUCAUCCCUAGAUUGCCAUUCCUCUUCUCUGCUGUGUGCACCUUAUGACAUCCUUUAUUUGGAGCAUGUUGUCAAUAGGUGGUGCAGCAGAGACCUGGAUCCUGUCUAGUAGAUGCUAGUUUGUCUCUAGUAGCAGAUAUUGUCUUGUGGAUUUGUUCCCAGUUCUUACACUAAAAUAGAUUGCAACAAUGGACCUUUGUCUGAGGUCAUUGGAGCUUCCAGAAGAUCAACUCUUAUAUAAAGGCUUUUGUUGGGGAUAGAAUUGAUCAAACUCUCAUUGACAUUCUGCUUACCUUUCAUCGUUUAGAGACUUGCCUCUUAAUGGUAUCAAUUUGAAAUCCUGUGAGGAAGAGAACAACUAUUUAAAGAAAAAUCUAAUCCUUUUGUGAUUAGUUUCUUUCCUAUAUAUAAUGAGUUUGGUUCAACAUAGGUUGAAAAGAUAACUUGUAUAUUAAAUACAUUUCAGAAUAGAAGUAGAAGUCUUACAAAUGAUUAACAAAAUCCUAAACAAUGCCAACAAUGAUCUCUCUCCCCCAGGCCUUGAUUUUAAUGGAAAAUUCCAGGCGUGGAAUUUCAAAAGAAACUCAUUCCUCUUCUUGAGGAGCUUUGAUGUUUGAUGCUUUUGUGGUUUGGGCACCAGGAGAACACCAGCUGGUCUCGCUCACCAGCCAGUGCUUCAGGAUUCUGACAGCCAAAUGCCAGAGAAGUGGGUGUUGUGAUCCCCUGGCCUGUUGGGAUAUGACACAAAAGUAUCACAGUUGUUAGGUGUUUAAAAAAAAAAACCAUUGAUCACUAAUUCUGACUUUAAAACACUGAGCUCUGUCAUCUUCAGAGGAAACUGGACACAAAUUCACACGGAACUAGACUAAAAUUGAAUGACUUUUUUUUGGAGCAUUGUCUGCUCCAAGGGUUGGUGGGAACAUUAGUUUAGAAACAGCAGUUCACAAACAAAGCGCAAAGCAUUGUCUCUGACCUUGUUCACAAUGUGACGAGCUGGUUACUAACAUAUAGGGAGGAAAAGUAUGAUUCCCUAUGAGAGCAUCGACACCUCUCUUGCACAAAAUCAUGCUUCCAGUAUUGUGUAAUGAAAGCUCAUUAAAAUUGGCAAAGGACCUAUGGGAUAAUUAACAUUCAGUAUUGGUAGCCAAUGAAAAAAGCAGGUUGGUCAUCUGUUGUGCACCUCUUCCUGUUUUCUCUAAUACUGUGGAUAGAAAAUAGCAAUUCGUUGAAUAUUAAAAUAUAGCUAUGAUGCCUGAUGGUUUCAUGGAGAUAAAAAUCUUUUGAUUGUGUUCAUUGUAAGUAGGAACAGUGUAUUUUGACGGUGCUGCUCGUUCUCACAGGAAUCCUAAGCAUCUUCAGUAUAACGACUGGGAAAUAGUGGCCAACAUUAGGGAGCUGUAAUAGGGAUGGGAGUUGGCAUUGUUGGACAAUGGGUUUUAGCCUUCUCAUAAGUCUGACAUUGUGAAUAGAUUCUGACUUCUGAUAUCCUAAACUUGAAAGGAAAGCUUCUUCCAAGGACUAUCAAUGCUUGUCCCUGAUGGGGAAAGGCAGCAGGGAAAUUUUUAUUUUGCUGACCUUUAUCUAAUGGUCUUUCUACUGUCCCAGUCUGAAGAGAUACGUAUGAUUGAAGUAACUAAAUUGCCAGUUUAGAAUGACACACCUUCUCUUCGUAUUCAUUCCCAAAGCACCCAACCACAGUCACCUCAUUAAGGAAAGUAAUUUUCCACCCACUAGCAGCUCAAAUUACAUAUAAUUGUUGAACUUGGAGCUUCCAACUAGUUUAGCAUUAAUAUUGAUGCACUUUAAGAAAAACUUACCUAUAGUAUUUCACUGUUUGUCGUAGUUGUCCUCUCACAUUUCUCUUUGUUACACUCCUGAAGUAGUUCCUUUCUUUUCAAGUUCCUUUCCAAGCUUGUAGGGCCAGAAUCCUGAACAGCAUAUUUUCUCUCAAACAUUCAUUCACAAAAGUUCCAUGUUCCACAGAUGCAUUGUACUCAUCUCCCUGUGGCAAUGACCUAGAUUUCCUAUUCACCAUGUGUUCACUGAUCCCAGUCUCUGGUCCUUGAUAUUUGAUAUUCUUUGACUAGCAACUGCUGGUAAUUUUGUAUAAUUGAUAUGUUUAAUUCAGUACUUAGUCCUGGUUAAAUCUAUAGUUCUGUAAAUAAUACGAAGGCUUCAAAGUUAGUUUGAGUUUCAUUUUUGUUUUUAAACAGUCUAAGGCCUUCUGGAAAAUUGGUGUCUUAUUUUGAGAGGAUGUUGAGUUUAUGGAAGGGAUUUGGGAGCACUGGGCAGCAAGCUUUGGCUGUUAAUAGAACAGGAGGUGCUGUAGCCAACUUUGACCACUUGAGUCCUGGGCAUAAAUGCUCCAGGGGCAAUCAACUGGUGAAUAUCACUAGUGUACCCUCUGGGGAAAAUGGGAUUAUUUCUGUAGAAGGAAGACCUGCAACUGGGAACAAGGGUGAGAGACAAUGUUUCAGCUUAGGACGUAGAAGGAAAGUUAUAAACUGAACAAUGGACAAGGGUUUCCAGAAGUCAUUCUUCUUGAAGUAUUUUCCAAAUAUACAAACCAUUCCCAUUUAAAGUUCACAUACUGCACAGCUGAGACAAGUUUCAUCCUUGUUUACUUCAGUGGCUGCAGCACGUUUCCUAUAGCCUGAUGUUCCAAAGUAACAUGUUGUAUGUGUAUUUUACAAGCUAAAUCUUCCUUAAAUGUUUUCUGAAAUAGCCUACCUUGUGCUAGUAUGGCAUUAUUCUACUCAAUUACUACUCUUUUAUUUCUUACUAAUAUUCCUGGUGAAGUGUCACAUAUGGUUAAUGUUCAAUUCAAUCCAAUUGUUUGUCAGCAGUAUCCAUUGGACUGUAGAAUCAGACUUGAAGGUUUAUUGAUGGUUUAAUUUGGAGUGCUGUUCUGUAUUAAACUCUCAACUGAGCACUGGUGAAUUGAAUUAUUGUUUUAAAAUGAUUUAGAUGGGAAAAGUCAGUUUUGUUUUAGUUUAUUUAUUCAGAAAUAAAAAAAAAUACAUUGAAAAUU